AUGACACCAAGCAAUGAUGAUCACUCACCAACAAUAUCCACAAAAUCAUCAACGACGGAGAGUUUAAGCGCGUCGUCGUCGAAAGGAGCAGCAACAACAACACCCAACAACACUAGCAAGAAACAACAUGAACAAUACCAUCAUCAACAACAACAACACCACUCCACACAGCUCAAAUUUGUGUUCACCUACCAAAAUCAACAAAUCGUAAUUUAUGAUAAACAAAUCCGAAGCCUUAUCUUUUGGCUAGUGAUCAUCUUUCUCCAUAUAUCCAUUCUGAUCCUCGUUUAUUAUAGACAACAAGUUCCGAAUUUUUCAUCAUCAUCACUCUCCUCCUCAAAACUUUCCGAAUUUUCUUCUCAACGAUGCAUUGCAGAGGCACGAAAAUUCUACAACUCAUCUGAAGCCUUUUUCGGAAGAAUUGUUGGAAGUGAAGAAUAUCGAAAAAGUUUACAUUUUCUUGGAAAUCAACUCGAGCUGUUAAAAGCAAAAAACGAUAAAUUUCAAAAUCAUUUGGAAAUGACGAUUGACUUUCAUUACGUGAAAGAUGGACAAGCAACAUUUUCCAUGAGACAUCCUGCUCAUAUAUUCCCAAAUAUGAAAAUUACCUUGUCCUAUUCCAAUGUCACCAAUAUAUUGGUGAGAUUGCAUUCUAGAAAACAUUUGCAAUUUUUGAAUGAAUCCAUUUUAGUGAGUUCUCACUUUGAUAGUGUGCCAAGCACUCAAUCCGUUUCAGGAACCAUUCCUACAUUCAUUGCACUCGAAAUGAUUAGCAAUUUCAUUCACGAUCCAGAUACUAUUCGUCACCCAGUGAUUUUUCUAUUUAACAGUGCAAAGGAAAUUGGAUUGAUUGGAUCCAAGAUUUUUGUGACUCGACAUCCUUGGGCCUCCACUGUUCGUUCAGUCAUUAAUAUGGAAUCGAUUGGAUCUGGAGCGAGUAGAGAUUUGACCUUUCAGUCAUCCAAUACCUGGAUUAUGAAACAGUUUGCAAGUGUGUGUAAAUAUCCAAUGGCAACUGCUGUGGCUCAGGAUUUCUUUAGUCUUGGUUUGAUUCCCUCUCAAAGCGAUUUUAAUGUAUAUACUUCCUAUCUUAAUUUAACGAUUGGUGGGAUUGAUUCUGUCUUUUACAGAAAUGGUUAUGUUCAUCAUACUAACAGAGACACGAUUGAAACUCUCAAUGAAAAUACCAUUCAACACAUGGGUGAAAAUUUAGUUCCUUUUAUUAAGAAAUUGGCUAGCUUUCCAACAUUCUUUCCCAAUGUAAAUACUACUCCAAAAGAAGAUGUUGUUUUUGAAGAGAUUACUACUCCUGCUGUAUAUUUUGACAUCUUGUCCUUAUUUAUUUUUUGCUAUUCCUCAAGCUCUGCACAGCCCGUCUACAAUGUUAUUAUUUUAAUUGCCCUUACAUUUAUGGUAAGAAAAAUCUAUGCAAAGGAAAAAGAGAAGAAUGAAAAUAGAAAGAAAAGAAGAAGAAGAGUUUCGAAUGCUUCAAAUGACUCGAAAUCAACCACGACAACCUCAAAUCAGGAAGAAAUCAUCAGUGAACCCAAUUCAGAAAUUGUUGCACGUAGCAUUCAUUCUGACGAGGAAGAAAGAUAUAUUUGGUCACUUCUUAAGGCAUUUGGAAUUGUUUUACUGAGUCUCAUUUCAAGCAUGCUUUUUCCUUCGCUAGUUGCUCUAACACUCGCUUUUAUUUUCAAAAAUCCAAUGUCUUGGUACGCCACUGGAUCUGUGUUUACUCUGUUCCUGUUUGCGUUCCCCUCAAUUUUAGGUAUCACGUUAGUUCUCGCAAUAUUUAGCAGCUACACAAGCUCUUUUUAUAUUUAUGUGUCUGUGUGGCUAUUCUGGGUUUUGGUGACACUUGUUUUCAACUGGUUCAAUAUUGUAUCAGGAUUCUUGCCAGUGGUUGUAGUUCUUGCACUUGUUAUUGCUUCAUCUCAUACAAUCCAAAAGUACACAAAAUGGUGGAUUCACUUGAGUAUCAUGAUGACAGGAUAUUUAAUAUUUGUGUUGGAACAUAUUUUAAUUGCAGUCGAUAUAUUCGUGCCAAUCAUGUCAAGAAGUGGAUUUGUGAAUUCUAUUUGGAAAUGUGACGUUGCUAUUGCAUGCUUUAUUGGAUUUAUUGCAUUCCUUGCCACCAAUCUUCUUUAUCCUUUUGUGAUUUCAGAGAAUCAGAGAAAAUCUCAAAUUGCAAACUCAAACAAGUUGCAUUUAUUUAUUUUCCUUUCUGUGAGUUUGAUACUCAUGAUAUUUUCAGGUCUAAUGCUCACUCCCUACUCAGAAGCAGCCCCUAAACGAGUCCUCGUUCAGAAAGUGAUUAUCUUACCUGAAGAAGAUUUUGAUGCACCAAUGUCUAUUGGUGUCAGAAAAGGAGGAAUUUCUGAAUUUUUACACAUAUCUGACACGAAUGAUGAUAGCAAUGCGAUGGAUUUGGAACCACCUGUAGAUCCGAGCAUGUCACGGCAACAGAAUACACGCAAACAAAAAACUUACAUCUCCCUUCUUCACACAGACAGUGUUCCUGUGCAAUAUGUUAUGAAUGGCAAUUUAGGAGCGAGCCAAACCAUUUCAACAAAUUCCAAAGAACAUGAGAUUUAUUUAAUACCAGCUCUUGCUAUUCAACAGGUGACCUCUAUCGAUUAUGAUAGUUUUAUUGCGAUUGAAUUUAACUCGUCAUUAUCAAAUUCAGAACAAUCAUCGUAUUUAAGAGAAAAUCCAGUGAAAACUUUAACAUUUGGAAGCAAGAACAACGUGACAGUCAUUCUUGAAUCGGAUAUAUUGGUCUUGUCACAAGAAAUUAGAAUCUAUCUCAAACCAGAACAUGUGAUUUCAUCAAGUAUCGAAAACAUGCAAUAUCGAGGUGAAUUUCUUUCCUUCUUCCAUCUUUAUGCCAGUAGUAGAGGCGAUUUUUCAAAGAUUUUACAAUUCCAUACUCUACUUGCUUCGCAUGCACCUCGUCAAUUCACUCUUCAAAUCAUUUCACAUUACACUCAAAGUGAGAGCACCAACUUUUUAUUUAAUUCUGAAAUAUUGCCUUACACAACAGAACUAUUACCUCGAAAAUUUAUUUCUCCGAUCUAUACCAUUGUGACGGAUACGAUGAAGACCAUUAAAAUUAGAUAA